CGCCCACUCGGAACAAGAUGGCGUCGUAUUUCGAGGAGCACGACUGCGAGGCGACCGAUCCCGAGGAACAGUACCGGCAGAACGCGCUGCUGGAGCUCACGAAUUCCUGCCCGUUGUGCAGACUCGAGUUGCCCACUGACAAUGCAGAGUACGAGGAGUACAAGCAAGACAGGCCGCCUCCGUUCCGAGUACAGCGAGCCCUGCCUUUCUGA